AUGGCUAAUGAACAUCCCUAUGCUCCUUGGAGGAGAAUGAUUUUAGUACCUUGCUGGAUCAUCCAAAUUCUACUUUCGGGCUUUACUUUGGUUAUUAUUUCCAUUGUUGUUGCUCGGUUUAUGCGCGAUGAUUCUGGAGAUGGUGGUGGUGAUGAUGAUGAUUAUAAUGGUGAUUUUAAAACAAGCUUUGGUAUCGCAUGGUUUUACAUUGUAUUCUCCAGCAUAUACAUCAUCCUUACUAUUACAGAAAUUGUCCUCAUGUUGAGACAUAAAUUAAAACCCAUUAUCUUCUUCAACAUGAAUGUCCUCAAAAGUACAAGUUGGACAGUCUUAUUCAUCAUCAGCUGUUGGAACUCUUUUGGUCUUUUUAAGAUAAUGCCGAACUCUGUUGGCUUAAUCUUCCACAUCAUAUUACUCCUCGCUUUCUACAUCCCCCUAACCCAUGGCUUCCUAAUCAUGUACCGCAACCAUAAAGCUGCAAAAUACGAACUCGUCAAUUUCAAACACGUCAGCUACGAUUCCACCACCGAGCCAUUCCCCGACACAUUCCCCCAAAUCUACAAAGCCUUUACUACGGUAGAAACCGCCGAUCUCGAGGCGAAUAAUCAAACCACUGAGCGCCCUCGACGACUCAGUUACAAUCAUAUCAGAGACACCAGAUUCGACACAUAUAAACAAACUCGAAGAAGUUUCUCAGAUCCAAAUGUUAUGCGGAGUAUGACUGCUAGUCCCCCCGGAUUUGGUGCUUUGACCCCUGUUACUCGGAAUAGGAGUGGUACGUGGAGUUUACCGAUACCGCGGGUGGUAGUAAAUGAUUAUGAUGCGCUUUCAGAGGCGAAUAUGAGAUCUGAAUUUAGAUAG